AUGUCCGAUUCUGAAGGUGAAACAUACGAAAAACAAGUCAAAAUCGUGCUUGUGGGCGAUGGAAGUUCCGGAAAAACUUCAAUCUCGGAACGCUUUUCAAAAGAUGCAUUCAAUCGCGAUUAUAAUCAAACGUUAGGCAUUGAUUACUAUCUAAAACGGAUCAAUCUCACACGUACAUACAAUGUAACAUUAGCAGUCAAUGAUGUUGGCGGACAAACAUUAGGUGGUGCAAUGUUAGACAAAUACAUAUUCGGAGUAGAUAUUGUCUUACUCGUUUAUGAUAUAACAAACUUGCAAAGUUUUGAAAAUCUUGAGGAUUGGUAUCACACUAUAAUAAAAUAUUGUGCCGGUCGAAAACCAUUAUUUGCGCUAGUUGGUAAUAAAAGUGAUUUGGAACAUCUACGCGCGGUGAAACUUGAAAAACAUCAUCAAUUUGUUAAAGAAAAAGAUAUAUUAUCAUAUUUUGUUUCGGCUAAAACAGGUGAAUCAGUGGAGAACUUGUUUCGUCAAGUAACAGCGAAUUUAAUGCAUGUUGUAUUACCGAAGAAUGAUCAGGAUGCGACGCGUAUCAUUAAAGCACCAAUUAUACGGCAAGAGUCUCACAAUACCGCUCCACUGAAAACAACUCCUCCACAAUCAACUCACACACGUACUUCAAUUUGUAGCUUACAGUGA